AUGACAGAGCAACUUUUGGGCACAUCAGCGGCACCGACAAGACUGAGGGCCGACCCCGCUAUUCCUGUCAUCGUGGUGACCGACCCCGUCGGUGAUCAACGCUCCCUGAACAACAGCGACUUUCCUCCUCCCCCUCCUCCAGUGUACUCUCCAUCGCAGCGAGUGAUCCCUUUUCCCAGGUCAUCCCAAGACCAUAUUGCCGAAGCUUCUCGCAUUCUAGGGGGCCUCCGCGCAAGGGCCAACAACCCUUAUCUCAGCGACCAGACAGAAGAACCGGCACGACUUCCUCCUCCCCGACCCCAGUUCCUCGAGGUUCCUCAACCCGCGUACCCUCGCCAACAGAAUACACAGGCAAGGAUGUACUUCAGACAUACUAUCUCGCCAGGCCCGCAGUCACUCCCCGAAGUCACGACUGAAUUCCGAAACCAGCCCGCGCGAAAUGCGAUGUGUGACGUCUGCGGAGGCCGUAACACGACUGGAAUGAGCAGCUGUACGGUCUGUACCUGGCAUUGCUGUCAUGAAUGCACCAUCCGAAAUGGCCUCCGCCGCUAUCACAUUGCAGGGGGCGAGGUUCAUAUAGCGCCUACUACGAUGGAGGAGCUGCAACGUACGAGUUUCGGUCCCAUCGCAAAAGCCAAGCAGAGAAAGCUGGAGGCAAAGGCAAGAAGACGCCAGCCCAUUCGAGGCUCCCGUGAGUCAACUGCCACAAUAGAAGCGUCUUCUUCGAACGAAGCAGCAGCCAUUGGAGCCGGACAGUACUUGGGAGCGGGUGCAGGCAAUGAUAGCAACGAGGAAACAGAUGGAGAGCAUGCCGCCGACGAACUGCCCGAGAAUACCGAUUCAGGAGAAUCAGAUGAGACUAUUGCACUCAUCCCAGCAGAGCAAGGCGAAGACGUGAGCGCAGAGCGUCCCCAUAUACACGGCCGUAGCCUAGAGCAGCACACUUCGACCACCCCCGCUCGCCCUUUCCGCUCCAACUUAACCUCCAUUGUAGCUCGCCGCGGCACAGUGCGCACAUUCAACAGCAGGGGUGCAGUUUACACCGAGACAGAGCUCCCUCCCACCAGCAGCCUCCUCGAGCCCACCUCGACCACUGCAACUCAUGCAUUCCGCUCAAAUGCAACACCCACCACCCCUCGUCCUAGCACCACGCGCACAUUCACUCGGGGAUCAGGACACACUGAGACAGAGCAGAAUCCCGCCAGACAACUGCCUACCAGCAGCCCCGGUCCCAAUUCGACCACAACGACCGCCGUAGCUCCUCCUCCUGUCCGCUCCGAGACAACCAUCGAUGCAGCUCGACGUGAUUUCGUGCGCACAUUCCACGGUGCCCCAAUCUACACCGAGGAAGAGUUUGCUAAUGCCGCCCAACUCAUGACUUUUGCCGGUGCAGCGGCGGCGAUGCAUAAUGAUCUUCAAGCUGGACGUACACCUGACAACGAGCAUAUCUGGGAGACUGCGCGUGCAGAGGCCGCGGCGGAAAUUGACAAGUACAAAACGGAGCAUGGACUGGACGUACCUGGGGGACUGAUGGCGUUGGGUGAGCAUGAGCAUGAGCACCAUCGCCAUCAUCAUCAUCAGAGACCCUCCAAUCAUCGUACUGGCCAUGCCGUUCAUGCUGAAACGGAAGAGACUACAGCUCCCUUGUUCCGCACGUCUGGUAAUAAUCACUUGGUAUAG